CACACACACGGACGGAGGCGACACUAACUGAACGGUACUCCGGUUUGUUUACGUCGUUAACGGAAGUUGACCGAUAAAGGAUCCAGCUGACGAGUGUGAUGGAGCGCUACGAGUCCCUGGGUCUGGUCGGGGAGGGUAGUUACGGCACCGUGCUGAAGUGUCGUCACCGAGACUCGGGACGCCUCGUCGCCAUCAAGAAGUUCAUGGACUCAGACGACGACAAGACGGUGAAGAAGAUCGCCCUGAGGGAGAUCAAGCUGCUGCGGCAACUGCGGCACGAUAACCUGGUGAACCUCCUAGAAGUGUGGAAGCGUCGCCGCCGCUGGUAUCUGGUGUUCGAGUUUGUGGAGCGAACGCUUCUGGACGAUCUGGAGCAAAACCCAAGCGGACUGGACCAGAACACCAGCCGCCAGUACCUGUACCAGAUCCUGAGGGCUGCCGCCUUCUGCCACCAACAAAAUAUCAUCCACAGGGACAUCAAACCAGAGAACAUACUCAUCUCUCAGGGGGGCGUGGUUAAAAUGUGCGACUUUGGCUUUGCCCGGACUAUGACAUCAGCCGCUGAGGGCGGAGUCUAUACGGACUAUGUGGCCACUCGCUGGUACAGAGCACCUGAGUUACUGGUGGGAGACACCAAGUACGGCAAACCAGUAGACGUGUGGGCUGUUGGUUGUCUGUUAUUAGAGAUGUUAACAGGUCAGCCUCUAUUCCCCGGAGACUCGGACCUGGACCAGAUUUACCACAUCGUCAGGUGCUUCGGAAACCUGACAGCUCAUCAUCAGGAGAUGUUCUACAGGAAUCCUGUCUUUUCUGGAGUCAGACUGCCUGAAUAUUCUGGAAAGGUCUCACUGGAGCAGCGCUUCCUUACCAUCACACCCACCGUCCUGGACCUGGCUCAGAGUUGUCUCCAGAUGGAUCCAGAAAGACGAUCUCAGUGUUCAGAACUGCUGGAACAUCCACUGUUCACACAAGACUCUUUCCAUAUCAGAUUUUUAGAUGAGCUGAACGUUAAGAUCCAAAAAGAUCACAGAGAAAACUCUACCCUUCCCAAAAUAACCAAAGCUCCAAGACGACAAAAGAACGACGGGGAUGAGAAGAACCUCAGAACCAAAGACAAGAAGCAACCUGAAGACGUAGAUGAGAAAGUCAACAAGGAAAAGGAGAGGAAGGAAGAAGAAAAGAUGGAGAAAACAAAAGGAAAGCAACCUUUGAAGCUUUCUAAAACUAUUCGUAACUCCUCAGAACCCUUAAUGUCGACCAAACAAUCUAAAACAUUUGGGGCCAAGGCUGUCGAUAAUGCAGUGAAAACAACUGUGGCUAUGAAAGGUAAACAUGGAAAAGCAACUGCUGUGGAUCUGAGAAAGGAACCUGAGAUUCUAAAAUUAACCAAAACCCCUACAUCUGAUUCAUUGAAGGCUAGAGAGGACAGUAACACAGUGGUAGCUAAACCGAAACAUGGGAAAGAUGCUUCCCGGGAGACAAGGGAAGAUCAUUUAAAAAACACAGAUACAAAUGAUGGAGAUUCCAGAGGCUUGAAUUCUAGUUGCUCAGACAACAUUGUGCCAAGUGUGACUGACAAACGUUUGAUGGAGAUUAGAAGAUCUUCUAUAUCGGAGCCAGGUCAAAACCUUUGGAAGAGCUGGAACAACUCAAACACAAAAGUGCCCAAAUUGUCUAAAAGCUCCACCAUGGACCAUCCAAAUAGGACUUCAUCUCCAAUGGCCUCAUCAACUAUUGAUCAUUCAGGCAUCUCCCUAACACAGAAGAAGGGUAAGUCUCCCACUACAGAGUACCCUGAAGAUACAACGUUAGUAGAGACAACCUUUACACUUGAAGCAUGUCAAAUGUCAAGCAAUGACCCUAUUAAGAUUGCUACCCCAACUAUACCUUCUUUUACCAAGACAACUACAACUUGGGAGCACCAGGCUGAUCGUUCAACCCUGGGCACAGAGCAGAGAAGGACCUUUGAAUGUCCAAAAGUCUUAUACUCAAACCCCAAACCAUCUAAGACUACCUCAAACUCUGUCCCAAAAAUAACCAAACACAACAUAUCAUUGCCCACCAGCCCUUCAAAGACUCAUACCUCAGAUCUUUCAAGGCAGUCCUCCACAGUUUUUAUAGAGGCCAGUCCAGCCACACAACCUAAAGGAACCUCAUAUUCAAAUUUGUCCAAAACCAGCUCGUCUUCCGAUACUAAACCCACAAAUUACACCUCAUGUUUACCCAACAAAUCUUCAAGAGGCCUUCCAGCAGACAGGGAACUUACAGAAGCAUUGAUCGCAACCAAAAGUCAACAGGAUAGUUGUAAUAUUUCUGAUGCGGACAUCAAGGAUCACGAAUGCUUGAAGAGCCUGGCAACUGAAACAACUCUAAACCACAUUGAUAUAUCUGAUGCUUCACGUGACUGUAACAAGAAUCCUGAACUCUCUGAGGCUUCCAGGAUCCAACAGGAGAACACUAUCUCCAAGAUCACCAGAGAGUCCAGAACAUCCAUGAAACCGAUUGAAACCCCUAAAACUAACUUAUCAGUAGGGACCACUAUUCUGAAAACAUUGAAAGUCAUGGAUAAAGAGAACAGAGAGGAUUUGGCACUUUCUUUGUCCAUCAGUGCAACAACCAAGUCUUUAUUAAAUCAAACCUCGAAGGACUCUAGAAGCAACCACCCCAAGUCGACUGACAAACGUACAAUAACUCUAAAGACUCAAAAAACUGCAUUUCCUACAGAGGCAAGAAAGAAAAGAGACGACACAACAAAUAUAUCCUUUAUCUCUACAACCACUCCAGACCUCAAGGCUUCACCAAGAAGCCUCGUCUCUUAUAACAUGGACCCUGCAGACAAUGACAAGUUUGACUUCAGUGUACCAGAUUCCUCUCCACCCCCUCCUCCUCCUCCACCCUCCUCCACUCCUCUCCUCCUCCCUCCGUCUUCCACACCCAUUAUCUCAUCCUUCUCUGUGGUCAGCCCAGCCACCAGCGAGCACCUUUGCCUGGGGUCAAGUUUCCAUCCUGCGACCCACAGCCUCAGGUGUCCAGACAAGCCGAGGCAUCACAGUGGCAUCUAUAGUCGACUGUCCAGCCACAUCACAGGAUCACUGACUACACAGGUGCCAGAGAAGAAUCUGAUCUGUGAGCGCUCCUUCCAGUCCGAUCUCUGUAAUCCUGGUCACAGCGGUGGCAUCACAGCCGCCAAAAAGAAGUCAGACGUCCAUUUCCCAGAUCUAAGAAGCUCGGUGCUGCCAGAGCUCAGAGGGAGAGAAGGCAAACACAACAAAGGCACUUCGAAGGAUCAGAGGAAAGACAAACAGCCAGUUCCUCCAUCCGAACCAUAACACCACGGACAAAACACAAACUCAUUUUAAUGUGAUGGCAAUUAAACAUUGACAUGAAUAAUCCUCCUGGCCACAAAAGCCACAACAUGUUUUCAGGUUUGUUUUAUUAUGUCAGACCUUUUUAUAGCAGCAACAGGUUACACAUUUGUGAAUACUUUUUUAAAUAAUUGUUAAACAGUUUUUCGUGGGCAUUUUAAGAAUAAAGACACUUUUUAAAGUUGAAGAAGUUGGUUUUGGUUAAUGGUAGCAUCCAAGCUAACAGCUGUAAUACAUACAUACAUCUAAGAUUUCCUCCAGUUCUUAUUAAUACAACAGGUAGCUACAAAAGUAUGCUAAAGACUGUACAAAAAAUCUCUUGCACCUGAACCUAAAAUGUAAUAAGUACCAGGAAGAACAGAAUAUCAUGGUUGCAUUUUAAGAUUCGUCGCUCGAGUCCUCUGAAGAAAACGAGACCAUUUUCGGUCUGUUUUUGUAUGUCCUUCCUGCUCUUUUCAGCAGU